AUGGAUGAUGUGAAUGUAUCAUUUGCUGAAGUUCACUACGUAACAAUUCAAAAGGUUGGUAAUGUACCAGUAACAAAAGGUGAUUUCCAAUCAAUUCCUCUGCAAAUACAAUCAUGGCUUGCCCAAAUGAUACAAUUGUGCACACCUCGUGCUGUGUACAUUUGCGAUGGAUCCGAUGAAGAAGCUGAAAUAAUUACACACAAAUUAGUUGAACGUGGUACAUUGACACCAUUGACGAAAUAUGAAAAUUGCUAUAUUUGCCGAACGGAUCCACGCGAUGUUGCUCGUGUAGAAUCGAAAACAUUUAUUGUUACCGAUGAUAAAUAUGCAUCGAUACCACAUUCACGAGAAGGUGUGCAAUGCGUACUCGGUCAAUGGAUGGCACCGAAUGAUAUGAAAAAAGAAUUGGAUGAGCGUCUUCCUGGAUGCAUGAGUGGACGUAUGAUGUAUGUUAUUCCAUUUAGCAUGGGACCUAUUGGUUCACCAUUGAGUAAAAUCGGUGUGCAAGUAACGGAUUCGAAUUAUGUUCUACUCUCAAUGCGAGUUAUGACUCGUGUGUCACCACUAAUUUGGAAACAUCUGCAACAUGGCGAAGAAUUUGUCAAAUGUCUUCAUUCGAUGGGUGUUCCUCGUCCGCAUACUCAAAAAGUCAUCAAUAAUUGGCCUUGCAAUCCAGAAAAACUUUUGAUUUGUCAUUUCCCUGAUAUUCGUAAGGUAAUCAGUUACGGAUCAGGUUACGGUGGAAACAGUUUACUGGGCAAAAAAUGUUUUGCAUUGCGUAUUGCCGGUCGCAUUGCUUACGACGAAGGAUGGUUGGCUGAACACAUGUUAAUCAUGUCCGUAACAAAUCCCCAAGGCGAAGAAAAAUUUAUCGUUGCUGCAUUUCCAUCUGCAUGUGGAAAAACGAACUUAGCAAUGUUGACACCAUCUAUUCCGGGUUAUACUGUUCGUGUUGUUGGAGAUGACAUUGCAUGGAUGAGAUUCGACAAACAAACAGGAGAACUACGAGCGAUUAAUCCUGAAGCCGGCUUUUUCGGUGUUGCACCUGGUACGAACAUGAAGACGAAUCCAAAUGCAAUUUUAACAUGUUUGAAAAAUUCGAUAUUUACAAACGUUGGCGAAACAGCUGAUGGUGGAUUCUAUUGGGAAGGUCUCGAAGAUGAAACACCAGCGGGAACGGAAAUUAUUUCCUGGACCGGUGAACGAUAUAAACUCGGUGAAGAUAAAACAAAGAAAUCCAGCCAUCCUAAUUCGAGAUUCUGCUGUCCAGCUCGACAAUGUCCUAUUAUACAUGACAAAUGGGAGCAUCCUGAUGGUGUGCCGAUCUCGGCAAUUAUUUUCGGUGGUCGACGACCCGAAGGUGUACCAUUGGUUAUCGAAUCACUCAAUUGGAAGCAUGGAGUAUUCCUUGCUUCACAAUUGAAAUCGGAAACAACAGCAGCUGCUGAACAUACUGGAAAACAAAUUAUGCACGAUCCAUUUGCUAUGCGACCGUUUGUUGGGUACAAUUUCGGACAUUAUAUUCAACAUUGGUUAGAUUUUGAAAAAGAUCCCAAAAAUAAAUUACCGAAGAUCUUUCAUGUCAAUUGGUUUCGUUUGGAUGAAAAUAAGAAAUUUCUCUGGCCUGGUUUUGGCGAUAAUAUUCGAGUUCUCGAUUGGGUUAUCCGACGUGUUAACGGCGAAGAUAUUGCUGAACCAUCUCCUGUUGGUCUUUUGCCUAAAAUAGGUUCGAUUAACCUCCAAGGUCUCGUUGUUGAUUGGGAUAAACUGAUGAGUGUACCAAAGGAAUAUUGGAAAAAUGAUAUUGACGAAACAUUUUCAUGGCUUGAUGGACAAUUGGGUGAAGAUUUACCUCAAGACAUUCGCACUCAAAUUGAAGAACAAAAACAACGCAUAUCUCAAAUGAAUUAA